AUGGCUUCACAGCGAGUCUUCACCCCACAAUCUAGCGAACCUGGAUAUACUAUCAACUCGAAGCGCGGUAUCCCCUACUUGCCCUGCACGCGGUAUAUGGCCCAGGGCCUGAACCUUCCCCCGAGAACCACGGAAUCGGAAAUCAGAGAAAAUUCGGACGACUACGCCAACGCGAUCUUGAAGUGCCGGAACAACCACAUCUGGAACCAACACCUCCAAGACCCGACUAAGGGCGAGGGUAUCAGCUACGAUCAGGAGUUCGUGGUGCAAGCUCCAAACGCACUUACCGAGUUCCACCUCUUUCCAAAACUGCCCGCUGAGGUUCGGAUAAAGAUUUGGAAAUUCGUAGCAUUAACGCCACGCAUCGUCCCAGUCGAGCUCGUCUUGCAACCGAAUCCACCCAGUCCUCUGGUCGCCGGCCGACCCUCCCACAGCUUCUACCCGUACAUAGCGCCCCGUUUCCGCUACCCCGCGGUACUGUGCGCCAGCUUCGAGGCCCGCAAGGAAUGCCUGCAGUAUUACGAGCUGCGCUUCAUGUACGACCGACCGGGAGACACGGCGCGAUACGCGUUCAACAAGCACGCCGACUACCUCUACUUCGGCGCCGACUACUCCCGAUCCUGCGACGUCUCGAAGAUCUUCUAUGCCGAUCUGGACGUCCCGCGAGUCGCGAUCAGUCUUCCGAGCUUGCGUUCCGCAAAGGAUAUACUGCUGGAUCUGCACGGCCGGUAUAAUCCCCUCCACUCAUUCCCGCUCGAGAGGCAGGCCGAAUGUCUGGGUUUGAAAGAGGUCCGAUUCGUCGUGCAGACCCCAUACUCAUAUGUGGACCCCACGUCCGUUGACGCGAACGUGGUGUUCCAUUCGACAUGUUCGCACGGAGUCACUGACAAGCAAAGGAUUUUGAGGGCGGAGCUCGCCAAGGUCGACAACGACCUGCCCGUCGGGACGGAGGCCAGAACCGGAUGGGUUGGCGCCGAUACGCCAUCCUUCGAAUUCACUUGGAUAUUAUAUGAGAAGGACAAGGUGUCUGUGGAGAGAAAGCUCUCAGGCCUGGAGGUCCGCAAGAUAAUGGGAAGUGGGCCCGAAAUCCUCGGCAAGCUUGCGGAGUCCGCGGACUGCCAAGUUUCCUUUUUGGAGUCCGAUCAGCAGAAUGGGUAUUCGUGUCAGUUCAGCAUCCAAGGGCCAGCGCGAGGAGUUGAGAGGAUGAAGAGCGCUGUUCAAGAAGUUCUGGUAAGCAAAUACACCGGACGGCUGAACGCUGGCCAGGAACCGACUAUUUGUUUGCAGAACGAGAUUUCCCGAGGCCACGGAUGGUGGUCUCGUCACCGGAGGGAACAGUAG